UGGAGUGGUGGUUACUCUGUAGUUUGCUUUGCAGAAACUCUCAGAAAAUGCUGGCAUGUUCCAUGAAUCUGACUCUGUUGUUGCUGACGCUUUUCUCUUUCUCUGCAAUUGCUCUAGUUUCUUCUCAAUGCUCUAUCACCGGGCUACCACUUGUGCGAAAUAUCAGUGAGAUUCCUCAAGAUAACUAUGCCCGGCCUGGUCUUUCUCAUAUGACGGUUGCAGGUUCAUUGUUGCAUGGAAUGAAAGAGGUUGAAGUAUGGCUUCAAACAUUUGCGCCAAGAUCACACACCCCAAUUCAUAGGCAUUCAUGUGAAGAGGUUUUUGUUGUCCUCAAAGGGAGUGGCACUCUCUAUCUUGCAUCAGAUUCAAAUGGAAAAUACCCUGGAAACCCAAAGGAGCACUUUGUCUUUCAAAAUAGCACAUUCCAUAUUCCUAUUAAUGAUGUUCAUCAGCUUUGGAAUACCAAUGAGCAGGAGGAUUUACAAGUGCUUGUUGUGAUAUCUCGUCCUCCAAUUAAAGUGUUCAUAUAUGAGGACUGGUCCAUGCCUCACUCUGCAGCAAGGUUAAAAUUCCCCUAUUAUUGGGAUGAGAAAUGUUAUCAAGCACCUAAUAAAAAAGAUGAACUAUAAUUCAUAGUCACAAUUUUUUGUUAAGUACUUUUUUUUCAUCUAAAAGUUCAAAAUUGAUAUGACUCUGUUGUUCAGUUUUAUGUGAAUAUUUUUAUCAAA